CAGUUUCCGAUCCGCCAUCACGGCCCGCGGGCGCGCGCGCGAAAUAGCACUGACACUCGUUUUCCCGCCAAUUCUUGCCGCCAUUGCAAUUAGAAUUAGGCCAGCGCUCUAUUUAUUUCUACAAAAGAAUUACGACUAAAUAUUUAUACAGCGUUUUGUAAUGGCGUAUUUAUAGCGGGAUGUCUUUUCAUUGCUUUACGCGGAAGAAGGACAAGCGGAAGUCGUUCGAUCAGUCUUCGAUCAGCGCUGGCAACAGUCCGUUGCGACGGCCCAACAGCAUUGCACCGAGAACGUCGGCUUAUGAGGAUGUCAAAGGAGUGAAGGAAAGGAAGAGGCACGAAGUGAAACUAUGGAAUUGCGGGCUGUGCCGCAAGGAAUUAGCAGAGCCACGGCUUCUGGCCUGUCUUCAUAGUUUCUGUACCCGAUGCUUACAAGGACUACCACAAGAGGGCGAGGCAGAGGGCUGGAGCGAGUUCGAUGGAGGUUCAAUCCAGCAGGACCCCGGUUCGUCCGGGGGCUCGGCGGGCUCAGGGUACGAGAGCGACCCGCGGCGCUCGGGUUCCGAUGCUAGCUGGGAACAGAAGCAGAGGAAAUACGGGAUAUUAACUAGAAAGAUAUCAGGCAAGAGCGUCCAGCUCAUAAUCUGCCCGACAUGCGCACAGGAGACCCAACUCCCACUAGGAGGGGUAUCGGCCUUGCCCCUCAACUAUGUGCUUUUACGGAAAAUGGCGGGCGAGAGCCGAGCUAGCGUGCUGUGCGACCUGUGCAACUGUGAUAAUAAGGCCCAAAGCCGCUGCGACCAGUGCCUCGUCAGCGUCUGCGAGUCCUGCGGCGAGGGCCACAGCCGCCAGAAGACCACGGCCCGACACUCUCUACAGCCCCUACAGACCCCUGCGACGCUCUGUAGCCAGCAUCGUGCAGAACUCUGUGUGUACUGCGCCACUUGCCAGCAGGUAGUUUGCCGCGAUUGCUGCCUGAUCUCCCACUCUGGGCACGCAUUGGCCAACGCGGCUCGGGCGGCGGCGGAGCGCGCACGGCUCCUACAAGACGCUUGUGAUCGCGCCAGGCUGGUGCCUGAGAACGUGGACCGGGCGACCAGGAUGCUGAACUUGCAGGCUCAGCAAGUCGAUAGCCAAGCCGCCCGCGUAGAAGCAGAAGUCCAAUCCUGGGGCGCACAGUACCUGUCGGCAGUGGACGCGCACGUGCGCGCGCUGGCGGGCGCAGCUGCACGCGCUCGCGCCCGCCACGCGCAGCGCGUGGACGAGCAGGCGCGCGCGCUUGCGCAGCGCGAGCAACACGCGCUCGAGGCGGUAGAGUUCGCUGAAGAGCUAAUGUCAUCCGGGCGUUCCCACGAGCUGCUCUCUCUGCACGGCUCGGUGCUGCGGCGGCUAGAGCGGCUGACGGAGCUCCCGCCGGUGCCACCGCGGCUGGAGCUACGGCUGGCACCGACCGCGCCCGCCACGCACGACGCCACGCUUGUCGGCCGGCUGCUGACGCAAGCCGCUGAUCCUGACCGUUGCGUUGUCAACACUGAAGGUUUCCAAGAUCUCCGAGUAGAUUGUCCUCACGAGGCUGUGCUAGAGCUACGGGAUAACAGCGGAGAACGCAUCUGGUGUGGAGGGGAACAGGUAGCAGGCUACUUCCGGCGCAGCGACUCAAGCGCACGGCCACAAAGCGCGCGAAUCUCUGACAGGGGCGACGGUCUUUACUCCCUCACUGUCACCCCGCCCAGCCCCGGCGCCUAUCUCCUAGCUGUCACAGUCAACAACAAGCCUGUUAAGGGCAGCCCGUUCCAAUGCGCCGCGCGCGCAUGCCAGCCACAUUCGGGGCAGUUCCACUGCUGCUCCUUCUGCUCGUCCGGCGGCCGCCGCGACGCGCACUGCGCCUGCCCCGGACACAUGCCUGGCUACAGAGGUUGCGGGCACGGACACGCGGGGCACCCGGGCGCGCGGCACUGGUCGUGUUGCGGCAGCACGGCGCGGCGCGGCCCGUGCGAGCGCGCCAGCCUCUACCAGUUUUCUGUCUGAAUAUAUUCUGUUAUAUUGUGGUCCUCUUGU